CCCUUCAGUGUCCGACCCAAGAGCCUCACGUCGUGCGUCGCGGCCCCGGUCAAGAGCGUCGCGCAACCACCGCACACAUAUAUCUCCAACCUCGGCGCCCGCAGCUCUCCUGCCGUCGCCCACCGGCCACGCCUGCCUCGCUCCGCGCUCCUUCGCGUCGCCGCCUCGCACCUUCCUCUGCACGCGGCGCUCUCCAGCCACACCACGCCGCCCGUAUCACCAGUCGAUGCGCAUUCCAGCCUGAUCGCCGCCAGUCACCAUGGGCCGCAGGAAGAUUGAGAUCAAGGCCAUCAAGGACGACCGCAACCGCUCUGUCACGUUCCUGAAGCGCAAAGGCGGCCUGUUCAAGAAGGCCCACGAGCUUUCGGUGCUCUGCUCCGUCGACGUUGCCGUCAUCAUCUUCGGCCACAACAAGAAGCUGUACGAGUUCUCCUCGGGCGACAUCAACGAGACCAUCGGACGGUACCAAUAUUAUGGCGGCGCACACGAGCACAAGGGGCCUGAGGACUUCAUGGGCAAGAAGGACUUGGACGACGAGGACGACGACGAGGAAGGCGCCAUGAUGGCCGGCUCUCCCCCGCGAGACUCGCAUACCCCUCCCGAGCACGCCAUGAUGGGCCACCACCUGCAGAACAACCCCUCCUACCAGCACAUGCGACAUGCGACGCCUUCCCAUUCGCCGCCGAUGCACAACGGUAUCCCGUUCCACGCCCGCCACCCCUCCCCGCAGCCAGGCAAUCUUUCACGGCCCGAUUCGCGGGCUCAGAUGCGGCGACCGAGCUCCAACCUCGUGCCACCCCACCAUCCUUCGCAGGCGCCACAGCCGCAGAACAACUUCGCCUACAUGCCAAACCCGCCCUUCUACAACCCGCAAGCUGCGCAGGGCAUGGCACCGAAGCCCCCGCCAGCACCAGCCCCACCCCAGUUCCAAUACACGCACCCGCCAGCCCAUCCUCAAGUCCAAUACAUGCAACAGCAGGAGCCGCGUCGACAAUCCAUGCCGCCCGCCUUCCAGCAGCCGCAACAGCAGCAGCAGCAGCAGCAGCAACACCAAGACCGUCCCCAACAGCAACAGCAACCUCAGUCUCAGGCUCAACCGCAAAAUCACCAACUGACAGUGCCGUCUCCGCCACAGCCCAACCGCAACGACUUCCAAAGCCCUCCCCUGCCUCAGCCUAAGCCACUACCCUCCGCCGCCAAGCACAGCAUCUUUACGCCCAUUGACGACAGCCAAUCCAUGUUCGCUUCUUGGGGAAGUAAUGCAGAGCCCCCUCGCAGCGAUCCUCCCAUGAUCAAGGCCGAGCCCGGGGUCCGAUCGCAAUCGAUCGACGUGGCUGCAGUUUCGCGACCGCAGAUGAACGGCAAUAGCAACUCCCCACCACACCGAUCUCCUUCGCAAGUGCCGAAUCAUCCUCAGCGGACUCAGUCUGCGUCAUCGAUGCCCAUAGUCCCUGUUUCCCGGACGAACAGCAUUGCAAAGCCACGACUGAUGCUGCAAAUCCCAGCCGACGAGGACACAGGAAGUCAGACUGCCGAAUCGUCGCCCAGAGGUUCCGGAACGACUGGUGCAACUCCCGCAAGGACCAGCACGGAUACACACUCCUCUGGCGUUGUUCUGCCUCCUCCUUCCCCGAGCGCAAAUUCAAUCAUGAGUGCCGGAGCUACUGGCCCACCAAAUCCAUUUGCACGCCCGGCGCCUCCCACCAACAACGGAUCGUAUGGAAGCCGUGGUGAAAUGGAAACCCCCAUUUCCGCGCUUCCCAGCCGCUUUGUCGAAAACGGGCUCCUCCCAUCUCCUUCGAGCUUCUACCCGGAGUGGGGCUUUGGCAGAGAUUCCAAUAUGCUGCCCAGCCCGCUUCCCUUCCAGACGCCGGUGGCCCCAAACGGUCCUAGCUUCGGUCGCGAUGAGCCUGCCGAUCGCAAGCGUAAACCCUCCGACGAGGGUUCCGAUGCAGGCAGCCAGAAGCGAGUAAAGGCUUGAUGAAUGAGCCUACGCAUCACGUGCUGGAGCACGUACUAUACCAACCAUUUAGUUCCCAAAUCAUUUGUUCGCAAUACUUCACUUCAAAAGCACGCCUAUUCUUCUGUACUUCUAUUGGUGCGGCGUUGUUUGCUUUGUUGUCAGCAGUUCGAGGCACGGCCGGUGGAUGAAUUUAGUAUGUUGAUAUCGCGUCACCUUCGUUUGGGACCUUGUACUGGUUCGUGCGUGGCGUUUGCGGAUACCCAUGAAGAGGUGUUCUGUUGUUGAUUUGCGUUGUCUUCGUUCGCUUUCACAACGGCAUCGGAAUGAUAUGCGAGUGGGCAAAAUGGCGUUUAUGCUAUGGGUUAUGAAGAUAAGACUCUUGUCGUUUCGAGUGUAGAUACUUGUAAUCGAUUUUUGACGG